AAUAUUUCAUUUAAUACUCAUUUUGUUAUAAUACAUGCACAAAAAAUGACAUGCUGUGCAAUCCCAUACAACAUGCUCCAACCUACUUUUCACAUUUUAAAGCCAGCUGUCUAAUAUUCUUAAACAUGGUGUCACAGUUUCAUCUCUGUACUCAGCACAGCAGUAUUUACAUUUUCUCCUAGACUAGGGGUUUCAUUUUUGUGAAAUCAAAAGUGUACGUGACCCAUGGCAGUCGUUCUUUGUUCUCAUUCUUGCUGACUUCAUGACUUCAGCCGUGCUCCAGUGUGAAAAAGGGCGGGUCAAACCUGGCGGGGUCUCUCAAAGAACGUAGAGGUCACUCUGAAGCUGUGAGCGACUGCUUCUGCACGUACACCUGAUACUGAGCCGCAAUGGCAGACAGCCGGCAGGAUAUCCCCUCUGACAAUGAGUUCUGAUGAUUGUUAUUGUGUGUGUGUGUGUGUGUGUGUGUGUGUGUGUGUGUAGGAGGACGGAGAGCUUAUCCUUGAAGGGUUGCUGAACAUCUACUGGGGUCUGCGUCGACCAAUCAGACUUCAGAUGCACGAUGACAAUGAAAGAUUUCGUCUCAACCGAAAUGACAGGUCCUCCUUGAUAAAGCAGUUUUCAGGGGAGGCCAAUAAUAAUUCAGUUGGCAGUGAAAGCCGAGCAGCCGGUGAUGACGUCGGCGGUCUGGAGGAGGAGGAUUCACCGCAGCUGCUGAGGACAAGAAGUGAUGCUUCCUUCAUGCGUGUGCAGAGAAGGUCAAACACGCGCACCGCCAGAGACCUGCACCGCCUGCGCUCACACAGGUUCUCAAUCAACGGACACUUUUACAACCACAAGGUACCAUUACCAGAUGUACAAGCACACACACACGAGUGCAUCCC